AUGUCUGGCACGACAACUAUGGCGGAUGUCCCCAUGUCCUCUACAACACACUCAGCAAGAACUACGUCAAUUCCUACAACUUCACGAACAAUAAUCACCGCCGCAUCAACUCCAACAUUCCUUCUAGGUCCAUUAACUACGACGUUCACUGCACCCGCUCAGUGCAGUCAGGCGUAUUGGGCAUAUGACACUGCUGGAAUCUAUGAUCCCGUUAUAGGUCAGGCUUGUGGAACUGUCAGUGGGGAUAUUACUUACACCCAGGAUGACAACUGUCUACCCCCAGUGGAAAAAUCCACCAUCGUCGGACAGUUAACCGGCCCUUCGAUGAUUAUAACCACGAGCUAUCAAUAUACAGGCUACUACUCCCCUGGUAUCGCAUGUCCUGCUGGAUAUACAACAGCCUGUGCGGCACAAGCGGGGGCUAAUGGAAUCAAAUCUGUCUUGUCUCCUUUCCAAAGUUUCGACUUUGUUUACCCUGCAACUGCUGAUGAAACAGUGGUAGGAUGUUGUCCAAGAGGAUACCAAUGUGAAACCCUUGUUUCUAGUCAGUGGUGCCAAAAAGUACUACCCACGACAACUCAGUCACUGGUUACCUGCGUAAAUGCCACGAAUAGUGCUUCAGCGUCAAUAACGCAGUUCACUCUCCCCACAUUUACCACGUUUUCGAGUACUGGAACACUCAUCUCAUCACUCGUGACAUUAACAUCUACUGUUACAACCCUUUCUAUGCUUGCAACUAUGAUCCAACUCAAUUUUCAAGCGACCGACCUCCCCGCCACUUCUUCACUACCACCAUCGCCGUCGUCAUUAUCGUCAACUUCACUACCAACUUCACUACCAACUACAACAGGCACAUCUUCAGGAAGUGAUAAUCACAAAACAACAGUAAUUGCCACCGCAAUCGUCGUCCCGUGUGUGGUAGUCUUUAUCGCAGCAGGAUUGGGAUGGUUUUGGUAUCGGCGGAGGGCUAAGAAACAACUUUCUCCUUCUCAAGCCCCGCAAUUGACUGAGCCUUCGGACAUGUAUUACCGUGCGAGUGCAGUUCCCGCUGAACUUUCCGGGGAUACAGCUCGGUAUGAAUUUAUCGGGACGGUGCCUCAGUAUGAGAUGAGUGCCACAGACCUGGGAGUGGUGGCACAUGAGAUGGAUGCUGGUGACGAAAGCCACAGAGGCCAUGACAACUCAAAGUAG